CCAAUUCACACAACAAUGUUCAGCAAGACCAUCGUUCCCGCCACCAUUGCUCUCUGCCUCGCCACAGUGGCUUCGGGCGCGGAUCUCAACGUCCACCCGAUCAAAGCCCGUGACGCCAACACGCUUGAGCGCCGCCACACUGGUGCCUACACCCACUGCGGUCUUCAAGUACAAUAUGACAAAAUCAAGCCACAGUUUGCCGUUGAUUGGUUCAUCAAGUGGCAGGGACCGCAAGCAGGCUAUUAUCUCUAUGCUGACGGUCCCGUCAAUACGGCGACAUAUCAACUUCCCACUGGAGCUGCGGCCAAUCCCAGCAUGACGCUCAUAGGCAAUGACUUCAAGAUGGUCCUUCAAGUCAAAGUUCAGCCCGAUGGCAACAUCAUUGGCGUUGCACUGGACGACGCCGAAGUCGAUAGCGCUCGCUACGUUAACCCGACGUUUGGUAUGCAGUGCAGCGAUGAUCCCGACCAAGCCAACUUGGUCACCAUCCCUGUAGGUGACAUUGCUCGUACGCUAGGCAUGCGGCUGACUGCUGACUAUGCAGGCCUUUUACCAUAACUGAUGUGCUACAGUGCCUUGUCUCGUCCGCUGAUUGCACAGACACCUAAUCGCUCCUUGCAUGCUCUUCGCUACGUUGAUCUUGAUGAGGACUGCAUCUGACCGCCUGAGCACUUUGCAAGCUUGCCAAUAGUUCAUCGCAUGCUUGGUGACACCUGCAGGGCGAAUCUGGAUUGAUCGCAUUGAUGCGCGGACAGCAGACCCUGUAGCAGCACAAUGGACUAGACAAGUGAUCAAGUUUCAUCCGCAUGGUCGGAAUCGGCAUCCCCAGCGCCGUAAUCAGCGUAUGGCUUAAUUGUUAUCCGGCGGUUUCCAGUCCGCCCACGAGCAUCUUUGUCCGAAAGCUGCCGAAGCAGGGCUUUUGACUCUCGGAUCCUUUUUGUGCGCCUGAGGUAGAUCCGGACGCUAAGCUUGCGAAGAGAGGUCUCUCAGUGAUGGACAGUCUUGAAGUCCGUUGCAUCUGGUAA